CGUGACACUCGUUGCUUCUCCUCCGUUGGGCAAAAUCCAAUAUAACUCUCUGCUGAAUCUGCACCACUCUUCCUCCCUGCUGCAAAUCUACUUCUGUACUGCAUGUUUUCUAGUGGGAAUGUCUUACUAGAGUGUUAGUCCAGCUUUUUUAACUUGCCUGUUUCAAUACCGCAUUGACAUUCCUCAUUCGCUCCACCUCGUCUCCAGACAUGAUCCCCGCUUUCCUCUCCAGCUCGAGGCGUUCAUCCUUCUCUCGAGCCUAGACCAUUGUGAUCUCGUCUAAUCACACGACCGAGCCCAACUGCCACUGGUAACGUUGACCCUGGAUAUCUACGCUAUGCGUGGUCCGAUCUUGUAACGCUCGACUUGUCCAGUCCGACCCCAUCACCCCAGUCCUGGGGCGAAACCUGCCGAUGCCUGCGUAGUCUCACCGUUGACCUGGAUACGCAAUGCACAAAAGAUGCCUUUGCCUUCGAGGGAGGUCCUGACCCUCCGUUUGAUCUUUGACUGCGACGGAGACGAGGAGGACGAACAUGAUGAUAUAUCCAACGACGCCUCACAUCCCUCGUCGCUGCUGCGACUGCCCGUCGAGCUCCGCCUCAAGAUCCUCCGCUACCUCUUGCGCAUAGAUCGCAAUCGCAAGUCUCACACUCGGCGGCCGCCACAGAACAGCAUAUCUGAACUACUCUACUUGAACCCGAGGCGCAUUCUCGAGGCCGCACCUUUCAAGCACAAGGGGAAUCAAGAGAUCAACGGAAGCCCGCCAGUCAUAAACAGCUGCCACCUACACCCCGCCAUUCUGAAAACAUGCAAACAGCUGUACCUGGAGGGAAAGACAGUUUUGUACAUGGAUAACAAGGUGGUCGGGCUACAAUCGGGCAUCAGAGGCCUCGGCGCGAAGCUGAAAAACUACGGCAUACCAGUCUUUGGGCCAUUCGCAUCGUCCAGGCUGAUUAACGCCCCAUAUGAUGCAUCCAAGCCUUGCCAGGCCAGAUUUGACCCUGUCAUGCUUUUCAGUGGUGGCAAUACCAAGCAGGAUGCUCCCUUCUACAUCUGCAGCUACAAGGACUCAGCGGAUUUCAUGCACGCCCUUUGGAUCAUGGUCAAAUGUCCCUUUUCGCGAGGCAUGGGAUACAAUCUGUCGCUGUCAGCAGAGCCACGGUAUCGUUAUGUCAACCGAACUGACAGUUUUGUGAAGUUUGCUGUGUUGCCGUGGCUGCACAAUCACAUCAAUUCGAUCAGCUUCCACAGUCCAGCCCCAGAGACCGUAUCAGAAGGUCAGGCACAGGCAACCUCGGAGGCGUGCAACAGUCGAGUGGCCCCUCUUCGUGACGAGCUUGCAAAACAUGUUCUCGCAAGCAAAAAAGAGCCUAAUCUUCACACCUACAAAGCCAUCUGUGCUUAUCUUGAGCAGGUCCUGCUUCAAGGCGAGAUUUGCGUUGAUCAAGGGAAUUUCGUCAGUGGAGAGCUACUUUUUGAGCGGGUGUGCUAUGAGGCCUCCAGCAUUGUCCGCACCAGAACAAGCAAGUUGGUGGAUGUAUCUUCUAAGAGCAAAGAUGGGAUCAAUCGCGUGUGCAAACUAAUCGCAGUCAGUGCGUACAGGCUGUGUGAGCUUCGCAGCGGCGCAUUAGCCCGGCUCGUCUCCAAAAGACUGCAAAACUUACACGCGAAACCAACAGCUACUCCCGAGCCAAGGCGCUGUGACAAUUGCCAAGUCACCGAAAUUCAAAAGGAAGAAGAUGGCCAAUCUAUGGAUGACUCCGCAUCAGCUACCCACGAAGACACCACAUCAGUCGCCUCAACCUCCGAGGCGCGAACGAGUAUCAGUGAGGAAAGCGUUAAGAAGCCUGAUGACGUAUCCACGGGACAUCAACCAGACAAAACACAAGUGACAAGCACAAUCACAACCCCAUCACCGACCUACUUCAUCCCGAGAACGACGCGUUUAGAGCCGCAACUAGCCGGCGAUCUCGCACUUACAAGCGGGCUUCUUGCGCUACGACUACCAUGUGCGUCACCUGUGCCGGAGUGGAAUAUCCGUCUAAAUGUCAUGCUUUUGCGGCUUUUUGCCGAGAGGAAUGACACCCCCAAUGCAGUUUGGAGUGUUCGUCGCAUUCACAGUAAUGGUACUGUCGAAUUGCAAGGUAUGAAGCAGAGGAACAAGACCGGCGACAAGAAGUGGCAGGCCUUGAGCGACUUGGUGCAGGAGUUGGCGCAGCAGCUGAGGCCAGGUGCCGUCAGAGGUUCUUUCUUCGACACGGCAGACAAAUGCCAGCAGGUCGUUACGUUGCUGUGGGGAGAACGGUUGAUUCCGAAGAAAGGGUUUAAUGGGUUAAUCUGGACAUUUAGGUGGGCUGGAUAAAGGAUACAGGUAUGCUGGAAGCAAAGCGUGGGAUAGUCAGAUGCAAUUCCGCGUCACCAGUCGCCAUGCUUUCUGUUUUCUGCGUUUUUCUGGCAUGGCGCUGGGGUUAAGGGCAUCUCCAGGAGAUUGAGCAAAUGGGAUCCUGCUUUCUAUGACGAUUGGCAAUGAAUGAACAUGAAGUGACAUGACGAUGAAUAUGAAGCCAACUGUCUGACAGGGUAUUUUCAUGAUUGUAUUUUUUGGCUGAUUGAAGCAUACGGUGCUGGGAGUGGUUAUAUAGUCUGCGAAGGCAUAUGACUGCUUCAUCCUCUGUAGGACAGGUAGUACGGAUCAAGCUUAC